CAAGCCCAUGGUCUGCACCAUUCCGUUUGGUCGUCAUCGUCUUCCCGAGCCUCGCGCCACUACUGGAUAGCUUUUCCUGCCUCCUCGCCUGGCCGCCGCCCGCCUUCGCGUGUGCUCCCCGCCCCACAACCACGCAACAAAGGCUUCCUCGAACCGUCGAUGAGCGCCCAAGCAAGCCGGUAACCAGGGGGCGGCCCGGUCCCCCCGAAGCUCCGCUCGACGCCAUGCUCGCCGCGGCCGUGGCGGCGGCCGCCAUCCCUCCGGCGGCUUCUUAUUAUUCCCCCGCGAAGCUGUCCUGGAGAUGGAGGGCUUCCCGGAGCCGUCGGGCGGCAAGAAUCGAGGCUGGGUACUCCCAAUUGGAGGUGAGAAAAGUCACCUAUCGUCCUCCUGGAACUGAACAUAACUUGUUGAAUGAAAUUAACCUCUCUCUUCGGGAGAAAAGUUUUGGUUUGAUAUUUGGACGGAGUGGGAGUGGAAAGACCACCCUUUUACAGCUCUUGGCUGGUCUAUCAGAACCUACCUCUGGGUCUAUUUGCAUUCAGAAGUAUGAUGAUAGUGGGAAUCCUAUUGGCAUGUCUGAAAUGCUAACUUCUCAAAGAGUUGGAAUUGUAUUUCAGUUUCCUGAGAGGUAUUUCUUAGCAGAUACUGUACUUGAAGAAGUUACUUUUGGAUGGCCUAGGCAAAAGGCAGAUCUCCUAUUCAAAGAGCAGCUCGCUUUAAAUCUUCAAAAUGCCUUUAACUCGGUUGGUCUGAAAACCAUUUCAUUAGAUGAAGAUCCACAGUCUCUAAGUGGUGGGUUUAAGAGGCGACUUGCUUUGGCAAUUCAACUGGUUCAAACUCCUGAUCUAUUGCUGCUUGAUGAGCCACUUGCUGGUUUAGAUUGGAAAGCUCGGGCUGAUGUCGUGAAUCUCCUGAAGGACCUAAAGAAGCACCACACAAUACUGGUUGUAAGUCACGAUCUAAGGGAACUAUAUCCACUAGUAGAUCGCUCAUGGAGAAUGCAAAUGGGAGGGAGCUUGAAGGUGGAAACUUUGCCUGUGUGAAGAUGUACUCAUUGGUAUAGUGGUCAGACAUGCUGGCAUAAACAUUACUGGCCACUCCCAAUCUAGUAAGAUCAACUACAGAACUACUUUUAUAAACUUGGAUAAUGUUUCUGAAAUUUCUUGAAGAUACAAUGGAGUCAAAGAUGGCUGUGAUUGAGUAUUUGGUAAUACAUGAUGACUUGUGCACAGGAUCGAGAAUCGGGGUACGAAAAAUGCUAGAAAACUUGGAUGAGAGAUCAUGGACGUUAGUCCCAAACUUUGACUGCUGGAAUGGAACAGUCUGUGAUGCAGACGUUGUCGAGCUAAAUUGAUCGUUGAACAGUGCUAUUGGAAUUCGGAACGAGGAUCCAGGCAUCCAGCUAUAGCUCCUUGUUGCACACGAGUUAUGAGGAUGAUGAGAGCCUUGUGGAGUUUGAAAGAUGGGUCAAAAUGAUGCUGAUGAUGGUGUUGGUAUUUUCAUUGAAGAGAUUCAGAGAACCUCAUUUACUUUUACUUUUAAUAGAGUUGUUUGGAAUACAGUUUCUUAAAAAACUUUUUAUGCCAGAAGAAUAUAGUGCUCACUAGCAGAUUAUUUCCCUCUAAAGAUCUUUGACCUUCUGUCACCUUAACUUUUUUUUCCACGGCUUCUGAAAUGGGAGAAAUCUGUCAUGCAGUAGUUUUUAUGUUUA